AUGGAUAGUAGUACUGUAAAAGGUAAGUGCAAGAAGAAUCUGAUUUUUAAGGCGUGGGAGAGAUGCCGAUCACUAGGAGCUGGCUGCAUGAAGAAAAUUUUUCCGACGGAUCUCGACACUAGUACAUUGACAAAGAGCAAACCAUGUCACCGGACAAAAACAUCGUCGGACCGACAAAAGAAAUCCCAAGUAGCUCCGGAAGGUUGUUUCUCAGUCUAUGUCGGACCGCAAAAACAGAGAUUUGUGGUGAAGGCGAAGUUCGCCAAUCAUCCUCUGUUUGCGAUGCUGCUGGAGGACGCUGAAGCGGAAUACGGGUACAGCAGCGAAGGCCCUAUCUUGCUCCCCUGUGACGUUGACUUAUUCUACAGAGUGUUGGCGGAGAUGGACGGCAGCGAUGAGAUGAUCAGUACUCCUGGUUGCAGCUUCGGUAAAGCUUAUGGCUCUCUGAUAUUCCCACGUAGAAGUACUCCCGCUCAUAUAUAG